AUGAGUCUUACUAUUGACGAAAAAAAAGACGACUACGUUAAAGUUACUUGGCCUGUUAAACUUUGUGAGUUUCUCGCAAGAUGUUAUCACUCAGAUCAAUUCAGGAUUGAUAAUGUCAACAACGUUAUUUUUAGUAUGAAAUUAGAACUAGCACAUAAAGUUAUUUUAGCCGCUCAUAGUGAAGUAUUUGCAAAAAUGCUGCAAUCUGAAAUGAAAGAAGCAAAAAACAACGAAAUAAACAUUGAAGAUCUUGAUCCAGAAAUAAUUCUUGAAAUGCUGCAUUAUUGUUACAAGGGAACUUUGAAGACGACAAAUAAUGUCCAAAUAGUUUUGCAGGUGCUUAAAGUCGCUGAUAUCUAUCAAAUAAUCAAGCUCAAGGAUUUCUGUGAGCAUAGGUUGAUGAUCGAAAUUUCUUCUGACAAUGUUCUCGACAUAAUUGACGUAGCUGAUGAUUCUAACGCCGUUGAUUUACGCCAAGAAGCUAUUGAGUUCAUAGCUGAACAUUAUGAAACAGUAUUUGCUUCAGAUAAAUUCAAGGAGCUGUUUUUUAGAAAACAAGAACUGAUGUUUGAAGUUGUUCACGCUCUCAGCAAUAAGUAA